GAUUUGGACCCAAAAAAUAAAAAAAUAAAAAAAUCGGUUUUUUUCUUCAUCGUCGUCGUCGUCGUCGUCGUCAUCUCAUCAUCAUCAUCAUCAUCUCUCCCCGCGACUUGAACAUUUCCAGUCGCAGAUCCGCCUUUGCAGUUACCUCUUCAAACGACCAGCUCCACCUCCAGCUCCCUCUCUCACUCUCUCUUUCUCUCUCUACUUCCACUUCACUCUAUAACUACUUCCCCGCACCGCCCUCCCUCCCCCUCUCUCUCUCUCUCUCUAGAAUCGCUAGUCAUGCCGCCGUCGUGACCGGAAUCCGGUGAUGCCGCGCCUCCGCCGGAACCGCCAUUGCUCCUCCUCCUCCUCCUCCUCCUCCUCCUCACCGCACUGAAGCUCGUCGGCACUAGGGGGGAUCUCUUCCUCUCUCUGCCUCAUGGGGAAAAGUAACCGCCUCGGCCGCCGCCGCGCCGGCGAGCUGCUCCUCGCCGUCGCGCUCUCCCUCGCGGCGGUCUCCGGCGUCACGGACCCGGGCGACCUGGCCAUCCUGAAGCAGUUCCGGGACGGGCUCAGCAACCCGGAGCUGCUCGAGUGGCCGGCGGGCGGCGGCGACGGCGACCCGUGCGGCUCCAAGUGGAAGCACGUGUUCUGCUCCGGCGACCGGGUGUCGCAGAUUGAGGUCCAGAAGGUCGGCCUCGCGGGGCCCCCCGCGAACCUCAACCAGCUCACCGCCCUCACUCACUUGGGCCUCCAGAACAACCGGUUCAGCGGGGCGGUCCCGUCGCUGCGCGGGCUCUUGACUCUGCAGUACGCGUAUCUGGAUUACAACAAGUUCGACUCCAUUCCUUCCGAUUGCUUCGUCGGCCUCGACAGCUUGCAGAUUCUGGCAUUGGACGGCAACAAUCUGAACGCCAGCACGGGGUGGAUGUUCCCGAAUGAGUUGCAGAACUCGGCGCAGCUGAGGAAUCUCACCUGUAACGGCUGCAAUUUGGUCGGCCCGGUGCCGGAUUUCCUCGGAAGCAUGGCUUCUCUGCAAGUGUUGAUGUUAUCAGGUAACAGCUUGACGGGUGGGAUUCCUGCGAGUUUUGCUAACUGCAGUUUGCAGAUUCUGUGGUUGAAUAAUCAACGUAAAGGUGGAAUGACCGGGCCUAUUGAUGUGGUGACUUCUAUGGUCUCUCUGACGAGCCUGUGGCUUCAUGGGAAUAGCUUCUCGGGAUCGAUUCGGAAUAUCGGGGACUUGGUUUCUCUGAAGAGCCUCAAUCUUAAUGGUAAUCAAUUCUCCGGCUUGAUUCCUGAUAGCUUGAUAAAUAUGGUUUUGGAUUUGCUAGAUCUGAAUAAUAAUAACUUCAUGGGUCCGACCCCCAACUUUAAGUCGCCUAAGGCGGUUUGUGCUUCUAAUAAGUUUUGUUUGCCCACGCCGGGAGCACCUUGCGCGCCGGAAGUUAUGGCUCUCAUAGACUUUCUUGGCGCGUUGAAUUACCCAGCAAGGCUUCUUUCGUCGUGGGUGGGUAAUGAUCCUUGCCAAGGGCCAUGGCUUGGGCUGAGUUGCAAUAAUAACGGAAAAGUUGCCAUGAUCAAUUUGCCCAAGAACAAGCUUAAUGGUGCAUUGAGUCCGUCGGUUGCGAAGUUGGAUGCUCUCACACAGGUGAGACUUGGUUCGAACAAUUUGACGGGUUCAGUCCCUGCUAACUGGACUAGUUUGAAAGGUCUGACUUACUUGGACCUAAGUAACAACAACAUUUCUGGUCCAAUGCCAAAAUUUAGUGACUCUGUGACGCUCCUCAUUGAUGGGAAUCCUCUGCUAAAUGUUACCCCCACCUCUCCAGAGGUGAGCCCUCCAUCUGGGGAUACGAAGUCCCCUGGUGGAACUCCAGAUUCCCCAACCAAAGGCUCAACUUCUGCUUCUGCUAACGUUCCUACUCCUGUUAGCUCCCCCAAGCCGAAGAAAUUUAAGUAUUUUUGGGCAGCAAUUGUCGCUCCCGUUGCCAGUGUGGCAGCUCUCAUGCUCCUGGCUGUUCCUCUGUACUUCUGUUGUAAGAAGAGGAGAGAAACAUCCCAGGCUCCAAGUUCCCUAGUGGUUUACCCGAGAGAUUCCUCUGAUCCAGAUAAUAUCGUGAAGAUCGCAGUUGCUAGUAACACCUAUGGCAGCACCUCACUUAUGGGGAGUGACUCUGCUAGCAGAAAUAGCAGUGGAUUUGGUGAGUCUCAUGUAAUUGAAGCGGGGAAUCUCAUAAUAUCAGUUCAGGUCCUUCGAAAUGUGACGAAAAAUUUUGCACGGGAAAAUGAGCUUGGUCGCGGUGGCUUUGGGGUAGUUUAAGGGGAGUUAGACGAUGGAACAAAGAUCGCAGUGAAAAGAAUGGAGGCAGGUGUAAUUAGCAACAAAGCAAUAGACGAAUUUCAGGCUGAAAUUGCAGUCCUUUCAAAAGUUAGGCAUCGUCACUUGGUAUCUCUUCUAGGCUAUUCUGUAGAAGGAAAUGAAAGAAUACUAGUGUAUGAGUACAUGCCUCAAGGGGCCCUCAGCAAGCAUCUCUUCCAUUGGAAGAACUUGAAGUUGGAGCCUCUUACCUGGAAGAGGAGGUUAAAUAUUGCUCUGGACGUUGCCAGGGGAAUGGAGUAUCUUCAUAGUCUAGCUCAUCAGAGCUUCAUACACAGAGAUCUUAAAUCAUCGAAUAUUUUGCUCGGAGAUGAUUUUAAAGCCAAGGUUUCAGAUUUUGGACUGGUAAAGCUUGCUCCUGAUGGAGAGAAGUCUGUGGUAACAAGGCUUGCCGGGACCUUUGGCUAUCUAGCUCCAGAAUAUGCUGUCACAGGGAAAAUUACUACUAAAGCUGAUGUCUUCAGUUUUGGAGUUGUUUUAAUGGAACUACUGACGGGAUUGAUGGCGCUUGAUGGAGAAAGACCAGAGGAAAGCCAAUACCUCGUGGGUUAUUUCUGGAAUAUAAAAUCAGAUAAAGAAAAGUUAAAGGCUGCUAUUGACCCAACUUUGGAGAAAAAGGAGGAGACAUACGAGAGUAUCUCCAUCAUCGCUGAAUUAGCCGGGCACUGCACUGCAAGGGAGCCAAACCAAAGGCCAGAUAUGGGCCAUGCUGUGAAUGUACUGGCUCCACUUGUUGAGAAAUGGAAACCAUUUGACGACGACUACGAAGAAUACUCUGGCAUUGAUUACAGCCUCCCGCUGAAUCAGAUGGUUAAGGACUGGCAGGAAGCAGAAAGCAAGGACUUGAGUUACGCGGACUUAGAAGACAGUAAGGGAAGUAUACCCACAAGACCAACAGGAUUCGCGGACUCUUUCACUUCUACCGAUGCUCGGUAAAAAGAUCAAUUUGGUUGCUUUUCUUAAGCAUGCUUCUUUUGGUAGUGGUAUAUAGCACGAUGGGAUGGGGGGGCUUUGCUUAUUGAGAACUCAGUGUUCAUAUCAUGAUUAAACGUUACUUCCUUAUCAUGAUUAAGUAGGGUUUCCAAAUUCUUAGGAUAUCUUGUUCAGGCUUUAAAUGUUCGAGUUUUGACCAUGAUAUCUCCAGGGAAUUGGUGAUGUUGUAGAUAGAGAUGGAUCAUUAUAAAAAAUGAUGCUUAUGAUUCCUCA